AAGACUGAAUUUGAUCCCUGCACGAAUUUUCCAUUCAACAAACUAGUGAAAAAAUAAAUUAAUAAUAAUUGAUCAUAUUUCUUUUAGAAACUUGUUUUAUAAUUCGCGAUAUGCCAGCUUCAUUCUUCAAGAACUCAAGACUGUAAACCUGCUGCCUUUUUAAUUUAUUUUGUUUAAGGAAGCAAUUAGCCUAUAUUUUGUCGAUAAAAUUGGCCUAUUUUAUGAUUGUUGUCGUUAUUAUUCCUAUUAUUAUUAGCCUAUUUAUAAAUGGUGCUUUUUAUUCCUUAAAUGCACUAUUAAGUCUGUACAUUUGCAUUCCUUAUACAUGUAUGUUUUGUUAUUGCCUACCUUGGCAAUUAAAAAAGGAAAUCUUGAAAUGCACCAUAUAAUAUUUUCCACUGAGCGGCGCUGCGCCCUAAUAAAAUCGAACUAGCUCCCAGGUUGGAGAUGAUUCUUUAGAAAUUUACUGAUUCUGUUUUUUCUUUAACGUUAAUGAUUUUUAGUAUUAAGAAACGAGAUAAAAGAAAUACAGCUCGUGGACAUUUAUAAUCCUAAUGCAUGUUUUACAUCCUUUUCAUGUUUUGAUGUUUUAUUUUGCAUUUAGGGCAAUUAUUUCAGUCAAAAUUAAAUCAUAGCAUAAACCUGGAACCUUGAUUUCAGACAUUUUUGAUACAGUGUGACAUUUUCAGCUGGUCUUUGGGUUCACCUGCGGUCUUGUACCAGCAGAAAGACCCCCGCGGAGCGUCAGUGUGCUCUGUGUUGUGCGUUUCCUAUAACAACGCCGUCUUACAGAUGACAUCCGAUUACAUUAGCAAUUCAGAUCAGAAGGCGAAAAGUUUCCAAAACAGGUGCAUCAAAAGUAAAAGUCAGGACAGGAUUACUACCAGCCGUCCGAUUCUCUUAUACAUCGCACUGACCUGUAAAACGACGAAUGGUAAACAGCACAGUAUCCUCAGAUACUGGACACACUAUUGUCGUUUGGACAUCAGUAGCAGAGUCAGAUAUUUCAUAUCUGUGAAGACAACCAUGGCAAAUUAUGAUGUUGACAAAAAGUGGGAUGUGUAUGAGACUUCUCAUAAAAGAGAUUUCAUCUAUAGACCCAUCUCAUCUAUUCCAACACCAAUAAGGCCGAAAACAUCUGGCAAGAUCUAUAGAAAUUCACAUGCACUGGAUGAUCCAGUGGGUGCGACUGCAUACAGUGAAGACUUCUGCUGGAAGCCUGUGUCAAAGACUGCCUGUAUAAGGUCUGCCACAGCAUCAGGAAACAGAAGGAACAACCCACACCCAAGACGGGCGUUCAUGGUGUGGAGGCAGAGUGCAGAUCAAUUUAAACACUUUGAUGGUCGUUCCUCACUUCAACUUCCGUUGUCUGAGAAGGAAAUCCAAAAGGCUCUGAGUGCCCAGUACAGGUCGACCUACAGGACUGACUUUCUUGGAUUACCUCAAGGGAUUGUGAAGAACCAUGCAAUCUUUGCACCUUUAAACCACAGUCAUGCUGUCAACUACUAUACCCAGACUGAAAUGAGACACAACUACCGUCCACCUAAAUCAAAACUUGAACUUCUGGGGAACAACUCUCGCUAUGGGUGCAAUAGGCUGCAUGGUAUAGCAGCGAAGGGCAUUGUGCCUACAGUGAUUCACAGCCACAUCAACAAUCAGGAAAACAGCAAACUGCAGACCACCUACAAUAAACAUUUUGGAAGCGAACAUACAGAUAUCUCCUCAGUGCUCAAAUCAAUCCCACCUCAGACGUUUCAACAGAUUUGUAAGAAAUUAUCUGAUAAAGAAAAGAAGGAUGUGAAGAAAUUACAUAUAACCUCUUCUCAUGGAUGUACGGUGAAGAAUACUGGUGUAUUCAUGCAAGCCCCUUCCACACUGGAGAGGAUGUCAGCCUGGCCUGGGCCUUUAUAAACAUGGCAUUUUGAACCACGAAAAGCUAUAUGAAUAUGUGUGCAUUGUUUUUUAGUGUUCUGAUUUUCUUCCAGGAGACAAAACACUCUUAAUAUAAUGAUACUGCCUUUAUGCAUCUAUGAUGGUGUGCUUAAUAAAACACUCGAAGUAAACUGAUAA